GGAGCAAUUCUGUUUCACAAUCUGAACUGUGCACGCGCUGGCACAACUCAGUGUUAGGGCCGUAGGUGCAGGACACUUGCCAAGAGCACCGCACGGUCCUGUAGGCGUCGCUAAGUCGCAUGACACGACUGCACUUGCUUCACUCUUUGCAAGGCUUGGGCAGGCUUCAGGAUUCACUUCUGGCUUCAUGGCACGCACAAAUGAGAUUCAUAAAUAGCGUCUGAGACUAUGCCGGGAGGCAUGGGCGGAGGCGGAGCCUCACAUCGCACUGCUGUUCUGUCGCCUCGACCAAAGCAACAUGGCCGCUCGUCGCUGGGGUCAAUACCUUCAUCACCAAGCCUUGGGCGCCAGCGCUCCGGGCGGUACCCGCACCUGCAGCUCCAACUGCUCACCCUCACCCUGUGCGUGCUUGGGCUAGCGCAGAUGUGGGGCGUGGGGCCCAACAUCGGCCGUGCGCUGCAGAGAGCCGCGCGCGGGGCCUCCCAUGUGCCAGCCCCAGAUGCCCACGGCAUCAUCGCGCCAGGUAGCGGCACGGGCACGGGCUUGGACGCUGCAGCCAGCGGCGCAGGGCGCAGCGCAAGCGCUGUUGCUAGCGUCAACAACCCUAGCAGUGCGCGGACGGCGAACGAGGGAGGAGUUGCAGCUCGGAUGCAGGCCGGGGCUGCAUGGGGCCUGGCCGCGGUGGCGGCGGGGCCAGACGGCAGCGCGGCCUAUAACCCGGACGAGUGGCCGCGUGUGUAUGGCGGGCAGGCGGAGCCGCACUCGCGCAUCCUGAAGCGCUGCUCAGGCAGCCUGUUUGCGCCGCCCCUGGGCCCGGGCGCCCGGCCCGCCGAGGGCCUGGUGGGCAUGUGGCUGCCCGAGCGCUUCAACCUGGCCCUGUGCGACCCCCGCACCGGCCAGCAGGCGCUGCUGCUGCUACAGCCUGCCCUGCUACAACCGGCAGGUAACAGCAGCGGCAGUAGCGGUGGAGGCGAGGGCGAAGAGGCACGCCGCUCCGGGCGCCGACUGGCAGCGGCAGCUGGUGUCGAGGACGGUGUAGGCGGAAGCGGCGGGAGCCAGAGCAGCCGCAGCGGGGCGAAGCCGACCCAACGGCAGCUGCUGUCAGAUUUAGUGUCACUGCGAAAGGGGCAACAGGAGGGGCAUGGAAAUGCCACUGCCGGUGGAGAUAGCGAGGACUCCCUGAGCAGCCAGGGGCGCCGUUUUGCGUAUGCACACGCCGCCGGGGAGGACGCGACGGUGGCGGAGGGCCCGAGCGCAGCCACGGGGGCGGCCUCCGGGACUGCCGAGGACAGCGAUAGCAGCGAGGAAGAACACCAUACGCACAAAAAGAAGAAAAAGAAGAAGCACAAGCAUCACAAGCACAAGCACCACAAGCAUCACGCGGAGGAGGUGGACGAAGGCGCUGAGGCGGCAGGCAGCAGCGAUGCAACAGCGGCAGAGCGCAUGCGCGGCGCAGGCCUGGGCGGGCACUUGAGCGCUCUAGAGGCCACGGCGACGGCUGUGGCCGCGGCUGCCACAGCCACUGCGGCGGCGGCUGGCGGUGGCGGCGGCGCUGUGGGGGAGGCGGUGGACCCGGCCACGCUGUCCAUAGAGCUGGCCACGUCCCGGGCGCUCGUGGUGGAGGGAGGCUCCAUCCGCAUUGCCUGGACGGACGGCGACAGCGAUGGCGAGGCCGGCAAGCCGCUGCUGCUGGCGGAGGGCGUGUGGGCGCGGCUGCCGCAGGGAGUGCGCUGCCCGCAGGUGCCGUACGCGAUGUGCCAGUGUGUGGGCGGGGCCGCUGGGAGGGCCACGGGGUCGGCACGCGGCUGCGGCAUGGUGUGGCGCGCCGGCGCUGAGCCGCUGGCUGGCGGCGGCCAGGAGGCGGAGGGCGGCGAGGUGGUGGCGGUGCUGGAGGUGGAGAGGCGGGUGCCGCUGAGCGGGCCGGCGCUGGUGCUGGCGGCACACGGGGACCGGGCGGUGGUGGCGCUGCUGGUGCCGGGGGACGACGUGGCGGCCAUUGCACGGCGUGCGGCUGUGAUGGUGCGCUCCGGCGCCGCCUUCACGCGGCAGCUGGAGGCGGCGGUGGGGGCAGCCUACGCCGCACUGAGGCCCGUGCCGCGGGCCAUCGGCCUGCCGCCCGGCGCGCCGCCGGAGGACAAGCGUCUGGCCCGCAAGCUGUACGACAUCAUGUCCUUCAACACCGCGCCCAGCUGGUCCACGCCCGACCGCACCCCGCACGCCUGGAAGUGGCUGUGGGACAGCUGCUUCCACGCCAUGGGCAUGAAUCUGAUCAAUCACACCGCAGCCUGGGAGCAGCUCAAGGGCCUGUUGGAGUGCCAGCAGGGCGACGGCUUCAUUCCGCAUAUGUGUGGUGACGGCCCGGCCGCUGGCAAGCCGGGCAGCAGCACUGCCGGUGGCGGUGUCAGCAGUGGCACGCAGCCACAGCCGCCGCAGCAGCAGAAGGACGCUCCGUCCAGCUCGCUCACCCAGCCGCCGCUGCUGGCCUGGGCGGUGUGGGACAACUACUUGUUCAGUCGGGACAAGGCCCGGCUGGAGUGGGCGCUGCCACGACUGGUCAAGCUACUCAACUGGCUGGCUGCUCACCGCUCCCGCGACAAGGGCCUUACCUACUUCUACGUGCACGGCUUUGAGAGCGGCAUGGAUAACAGCCCGCGAUUUGAUAGCCGCGGACUGGGGCUGGGCAGCUUCCUGGGCACACUGGCGAGGGCAGUUAGCAAAGAUGCCAAGGUGGGCACGUGCGCUGUGUGCACGCCGCACAUGGUGUCGGUGGACCUGACGGCGCUGGUGGCCCGGGAGAUGGCGCACGUUGCACGAAUGUACGGCGUGCUCAAGCAGCACCAGGACCAGGACCACUGGCUGGACCGCAGCCGGGUGGUGCUGGCGGCGCUGGCGGCCAGCUGCUGGAGCCCCGACACCCGCAUGUUCGGAGACCUGGUCAUGUCGGGAGGAGUGCUCGGAGGACUGCUCAGCACCACUGGCAGCAGCAGCAGCGGCAGUAGCUUGGGCGGUGUCGGCAGUAGCAGCAACGGCAGCAGCGCGGCCGGCGCGAUGACGGCGGAGGUGCUGUGGGCGCAGUUGGAGAAGAGCCGGCCUCGCGGCCACGUGAGCGAGCUGGUGACGGUGGCGGGGCUGGUGCCGCUGUUGGGGGGGCGGCUGCCGCGGCCCUUCCUGGAGGGACUGCUGCAGCACCUGCAGGACCCGACCUCCUUCGCCACGCGCGUGCCGCUGCCCAGUGUGGCGCUGUCCUCGCAGCAGCCCGCGUCGGCUCAGGGCGCCGGCGGCGGCGACAUGUGGCGCGGCCCCAUGUGGAUAAACAUGAACUACCUGGUGGCGGUGGGCCUGCGGGAGCAGGUGGCGGCGCCGGCGGCGGGCGGCGCGGGCGGCGGCUGCGGGGCGCUGUGUGCGGAGCUGGCGGACUGCAUCAUGAACCGGACCAUCUCCGAGGUACGCCGCUGGUACGAUGGCGACGUGCCCGGUGGCGGCGACCCCAAAACCGGCGGCAGUAGCAAUAGCAGCAGCAGCGGCAACGGCACGGCCGACCCGCCGGUUAUUGCCACGGGCACUGUGUUUGAGUACUACGAUUCAGCGGGCCUCAUUCCGCCCACCCGACUGGCACGCAAGGGCGUGGCGGGCGUGGGCGGCGUGCGCGACUACCACUGGACGGCGGCGCUCACGCUGCGCAUGAUGGCGGAGCGGGCGGCUACCAUCGCGGCGGGCGGUCCGGCCGGUGUGGUGGGGGUGGCUGCACGGGCGUCUGGAGGCGCAGGAGCAGGAGCAGGGGCAGGGUCAGGGGCAGGAGGUGGAACAGGUUUGGGGGCGGCAGGAGGCGGAGCGGUGGGCAUUGGUGGUAGCGGGAGCAAUCGCGGUGUGGGCAGGAGCAGCCAGGGAGCGGAUGUGGUGUUGGAGGAGGCGGUGACCGAGAUAUUGGACGGGGAGGAGGAGGAGGAGCGGGAGCAAGGAGGCGGACUGUUUGGGCACUGGGGCUCGGGGGGCGGGAGUGGUGGGAGUGGCGGGACAGGGCGCGGUUCGCUAGCUACGUGGGUGCCGCAUAAACCACUAUGGGGUGAGUUCUGAAUGAUCUUGAUGGUGUUUGUGCCAAGUAUAGCCAAUACACUGGUCAGCUUCCAGAAGCAUAGACUUCGUCAAGUAGGCUUGUAUCAUCAAUGAACAAGUCCCUUGAGUCAGCGCCUUGUAAGUCGAAGCGCGUGACAUGUAAAAUGUGUAUGUUUUUAAAGAUAGGACACGAAAUGUGUGUGUGUGUGUGUGUGUUCGCUCUUGUCCUGGACUUCGUGAAGUUAGGUAGGAGCUCUCGGAUGACCGUCCUGGGUUUCCACUCGGCCCUGUGCGGACAACUGGGACAGCCGGCCAGAGGGCAGGGUGCGCUGCUUCAGGCAGGCGUGGCGAGGGUAAGUUUCCCCACGAAUAAGUUACCCGUCCCCAGACGAAGUAGUCUGACAGAAGGGUCGGUGGUCGGCCACGGACACAUGGACAUGUGUGGCAUGGCUGCCAGUCAAGUUGUGAUUCCAGCUGAACCGAAGGUACACAAUUAUAGAGCUCGCCGAGAGCAGUCGGUUGACACCGACCUGGCUAAAUACCAAAGGGU